AUGAGGCCCUACAUCUGCCAGUGCCUCACGAAAGGCGCCGUAAGUCCAGACUGUUGGCACCAUUGGUAUAGCCCCUGUUAUAGUAGGACCGUCGUCUAUCGUCGUUAUUGGCACAAAAGUCCCGAGGCCUGGAGGGUCAGCAGUGACCGUUGGAGGCACUCCCGUCGCUCUGGCGCCAUCGGCUUCGGCAAUUGUAGUGGGAAAAACAUCGUUUCUACUACCUCAGAACGUCCUCCAAUUACCCUCGCGCCUGGAGCGGUCGUCUCUCUCUCCCCCUCAGGCACUGCUCUCGUAGUUGGCGGAACAACUGCAGUUCUUCCACAGGUGUUCAGUGCUGCUCCUCAAUCAGGCGCCGCAUUUGUAUUAUCAGGCACAUCCCCAGGUGGUAACCUUGUUGAAUCUGAGAGACCGCAGGUGCAGAACAUAGACGCCCAAGACGAGUCAGGACCAAUCUUCGUCAUCUUGGGACAAACCAUCGCCCCAGGCGGCCCACCCACCACAGUCUCCAGCUCAACGCUCUCGUUUGCACCCUUCGGAUGCUUCCUGGUUAUCAAUGGGACAUUAACAGCUCUUGCUACGCUAGCAGCGAUUGCUGCGUCAUAUAUCACUCCUACACCACCGACUAUCGGCAACGGCAUCUCCAGGCCAAUGGGUUGUAUAGCAUGGCUGCUUGUGUAAGCGUGGAGGUCUCCUCGCGCUUGAAUUGAUUUGACAUUAAGCCAGGCGUUAGAGAAUUCGCAUAGCACGGCAGAGUAUUGUCCUGGCGAACUUCAUGCAGGCUUUGGCGUCAUGCUUUUGUGCACCACCUUUUCUGCGCCUUUGAAAACUGCAUCACGGCGAGCAGCAUAACUCAAGCAGCCUGUACUCACAGACGACAUGCACAACCAUUAGCAAGUAAAGAUUACCACAACGGCCCUUGUGAACAU